AUGGUCGACUUCACCCUCUCCAACUCCGAAGAGCAAACAAGAGCGGCAGCUCGCAGCUUCGCCGCUGCCCACUUAGCCGGCGCUGAAGCAAUAUAUUCGGACCUCGCAAUACCCGAAGAGCGAUUUCAAAGUCUCCGGUCCAUCUAUGCGGCCGCAGUAAAGGCUAAUCUCAUCAAGGCCCAGGUGCCGGCGCAGAUCGGGGGCAGCAGUACUAAUCUGGUCGAGGCUGCUAUCCUAGUAGAGGAGUUCUACGCCGUCGAAGCAUCCGCUUCAUUAACCAUUUUCGGAACCGGACUGGGCUUGACUCCAGUCGCGCUGGCUUAUCGGCCUUCAAUUCAGAAAUUCCUGGAUCCCUUUCUUUCAAGCGAGGGGACACCGCUUGCUUCGUUGGUGUUUUCGGAGCCGGCGGGCGUAGCGAAUUGGCUGGAACCUGGAGCGCCUGGAUUGCAAACAACAGCACGCCAGGAGGGAGACGAGUGGGUUCUGAAUGGUGAAAAGAUAUGGGCUACCAACUCCGCAGGCUGGGACUUUCGAGGUGCCGAUCUAAGCUGCGUGGUGUGUCGAUGCGUUAAUGAGGACGUGGUUGCGCAGGCCUCCUGUCCUCGGGACCUCAUCAUGAUUCUGCUUGUCACUCGGGAGGAUAUCCAGAGAAACGGACCGGACUGCUUCCAGGUCCUCAAGCAUGUUGAGACGGCGGGACACAAAGCCACCUCGGGUCCUCAUAUCAAGUACACAAACCUCCGAGUCCCAGUCGAAAACGUCCUCUGCGUGCCAGGCGCCGGUGCCCCCAUCGUGCUACACUCCUUUGAGAUCUCGGCAAUGCUCGUAGGAGCAAUGGGCGUCGGGGUCCAACGAGCCGUAUUCGAUGCGGCCCUGACAUUUUCUCGUGACCCACGUGGUGGCACCGUCCCCAUCGCUCAACGUCAGUCCGUCGCGGAUCUUCUGAUCAACAUCAAAAUGCGGACAGAGACAUCGCGGUACCUGACGUGGAAAGCAGCGCACUGUUUGACGUCCGGCCCUGGCGAGCAUGCACAGCGGCGGGAGCAUGCACUGCUGGCCAAGGUACAUUGCUCCGAUGCGGCGGUGCAGUCGUGUCUAGACGCGAUCAACGCGGUGGGGGUGUCGGCGUAUAACCUCGAAACGCCAUUUGCUUCCCUCCUCGCCACUGCGCUUGUCCUGCCUAUUUUUGACGGAGGUAAUGUGGGGAUCCGCAGACGGGCACUGCAGGAUCUGUUCCUUGAAGAAGGAUAUCAGCCGUGGGGUACGACCUUUGGAUUCGAUAGCUAG